GAAUUGACUAGUGCUCAAUUACAAUUCCUGAUGGUUUUCUCUUUGUGCUAAAUAAUUUCGGACGUCACCUGAAAAAUAUUUACGAGUGCUCAUUCAUAUAGUUAGUGACAAUUUCAUGGAUUAGUAAUCUUCGAUGAAAAGGAAAACCCAAAACGUUUUCAUGAAGGAUUACUUUGAUAAUGCAAAGUUCUUUAGAUCAUGAUAUUACUAAGAGAAAGAAGAUGAAAAAGAAAUGAAACUUUGAACCCGGUGUGGUCUCCCCCCAUGAUAACAACUGGAAUAAUAUUUUCAAUCGGUACCGGAAAAAAUUUGUGCAAUAUGAACAGUUUAAUGACUUCUGGACCAAACAGGUCGUUCUUCACGCAUCAAAUGAUCAGUCCAACACUGUCCAUCUAUGCAGAUGUGUCGUCAUCAGAAGUGACGAGGAUGCCGGAGUCUCCGAGUGCCGUGAAGCAACAACUUGCAGCGCCCUCAAGUGGAAGGAGUUCUGCACCCGUUUCUUCUCAUAAAAUUACUUCGGGAAUGAAUGGGGCGCACUCUCCCCAUUCGAACACUCCUACAGCCGGUCGCACCCCCUCGCCACCUUCAGUUAGUCUGCCAAGCGGAGCCCCCACGGGUCCACCUGAAUUAGGUAUUCGACCCUUGGGAAAACUAAAGAGGUUCCUCACCACACUGCAACAGUUUGGCACAGAUAUUUCACCAGAGAUCGGAGAGAGAAUGCAUAACUUAAUUCUUGGUCUUGUAAGCUCAACGUUACCAAUUGAAGAAUUUCAUCAAAAAGUUCAAGAUCUUACAAACUAUCCUCUGAGGCCAUUUGUGAUUCCAUUUCUUAAGUCCAACCUUCCCCUAUUGCACACGGAACUGUUGCAUUUUUCGAGGCUAGCCAAGCAGACGCCUCAGCAGUACAUUCGCCAACAUGAACAGCUCAUCCUGGAGACUCAUACUACCGGAGAACCCUUCGAGAUCUUUCAAACAGACAAAACCGAAAGUCUGAAGAGGAGAACACCUCCUGAAACCCGAUCCAGGGAAAAUGGUUAUUCAGAUAACAGCUCAGACGGUCCUCCACCAACAAAACGACAACAGACACUUCCUAGUCCUACUCUUGGGGCCCGCAUGAGCCCUGCCGGGGCUCCCAACCACCUGCCUCCGAGUCUGAAUUUCAGGUUUGAAGAAGGCCUCUACAGAGACCGAGAGAGGGAUAGGUACGAAAGAUACGAUAGGUACGACAGAGAGUUGUGCAGGCCGUAUUACAGUUCUGUUCAUCGAGAUUUUCCUGAAGAUAGGGACAUGGAAGAUGAAUGGAAAAAUAUACAUACUAUGCUCAAUUGCAUUUUGGGAAUGGUAGAGAAGACUAAACGAGCUCUGGCAAUACUUCAGCAUCGAAGCUACUCGGAGAGGCAGGACAUGGCCCUCUGGCGAAGCCGGCACAUCGACGGCACAGAAUUUGACAUCAAAAAAAGGGCAGCUGACAUUUUAGCUUCUGCACCACCCCAUUACAAGGCAGCAGUUGAAGACGUUAGGAGAAGGCCUGUUUCUGAAGGCUCCCUAUCGGCUUCCCGGUCACAACCAGCUCUAAUGCCUGAAGAAGCUGUGGUCCAUGAAGUGGCAAAACGACAAGCUGUGGUUGAGCUACAAAAAGCAGCAGAAAGCAAAGCAUCUGAACUUUUAGCUCAAGAAAGGGCCAAAAUGGAAAGAUUGCUGUCAGAAGCUCGAAGACAAGCGGCAGAAGAAACUCUUGCAGCUGUCAACCAUCAAGACGAAUCACAAGAGAGUUGCUGGAACUGUGGUCGGAAAGCAAAUGAAACGUGUUCUGGUUGCAAUAUUGCGAGGUACUGUGGUGCAUUUUGUCAACAUAAGGACUGGGAAAAUCAUCACAGGGCAUGUGGCACAACAGGCGCUACGUCAAGCAAUCACGUAUCUCCGUCAACAACGCCACCUGUUGGAAAACAGAGUCCUAACCCCCCAGCGAGAACUGUAGAUGGACCAAAAGCGGAAGUCAAAAAUUGAUAUUAAUGCGUUGAAAGUAGAUGGCAAACUCUUUUCGUCCUCACGCAUUUUCAGCCAAAGAUAAUGAAAAAUAUUUUAUUCGCCAGGUGGCGCAGUCUUUCGUUUGCUCAGAAUUGCGUGUAUAGAUUUUUUUAGUGAAUGGUACGGAUUCAAAAGUUGUAAAUAGAGUACAUAGAUUUUCAGUCACUUUUUUUUUCAAAUUAUAUUUAAAGAAACUUAUCAGAGGAGGUAUAUUAUAGUGUGAUGAUGGUUUUUACACGUCUUUUAAAGAAGUUGAGUUGCGUUUGUAUGAAUUGUGUCAGCAUUGCGAAGUACACAUUGGCAGCUGAUGUAUAUUUAUUUCCUAUAUAAAACUUCUGUUAAUCCUGUUAAAAAAAUCAUAAUUUUAUUUAAGUUUAGAUACGUUAUUUAAAGAAUAUAUAAGCAAAGAUUAUUUUAAUCCUAUUAUAUAUCACUUUGUAAACAUGUUACGAUGCAAAAUUUUGAAACGGAAGACAUAUUCCAGGAUAUUUUUCAAAAUGGCUUACAAAAUGCGUUCUUAUUGAAAUUAACUGCAAAUUUAAUAUUCUAUACACUUAAGUUGCAAUUUUUAAGAAGAUGAUAUAUUUAUUAAACAUUUAUUACUGAAGACUUUAAUGUUACAUUUAAUGUUGCACUGCAAAGUAUUUGUCUCCUGUACAAUACAGCUUUUGAAUCUUUCUUGCAAUGCUGGCUAAAAAAGAAUUCAAAGAAAAAAGGCAAUAUCAUUUAAGUGUUAGAUAUUCAUAAAGGAACAAGAAUCAAAGAACUCGAUAAACGCACUCAGAAGUGUUCAAUCAAAAAAGUUGAUUUUAAAAGACUCUUCACCAGAGCUAUUAAUGUGAAAUGAUGGUGCAACAGCUUGUACAUUUGGAACUUCAGAAGCUAUUUCAAGAUGGUGUUUUUUGCUGUUACCUAACCAAUGUUAGUGUGUUUUGUGCUACGUUUUACCGAUCUAGUCAAGAAGCCGUUAAUUAUGUGUAAUAAUUUUGAAUCCUUUGGUGUUUUGUAAAGAUUUUAUGAUGUUAGUAGUUCACUAAAAAGAAGUGUUAUGUAAUUUGUAUUUAAAAGUACGAUUCAUAUAAGGGCUCAGGUCACUGUAAAUGAUUUCAUCACUUAGCACAAUGUAAAAUUUUGUUAUUGACAGGGGUUUAAAUUUUCGUAAGGUGCAAGGACAAACAACUGAAUUAAUCAACAACGCUUGUCGAGAAAAAAAAACUAAACUUUAUACUAAUUAAACCUAAUCAAAUUAUUCACAAGAUAUUUUCAUGAUUCAUAGUGUUAAAUAUACUCAAAAACAUGGAAAACGUUAAUUCGGUUUUAAAAAUUUUCUUCUACUUGAGAGGAAUUCCGUUCUGUAUUUUUUCUCGCUUUCAGAAAAUGUGCUAUAGUUUCAACAAUUCUCCUACUAAAAAGUGCAAUAGUUUUCUUUUACUAAGUGCUUAGUUUGAAAAAUAAAUGUUUAAAAUUCUUACGAAUUUGCCACAAAUAACAAAGUUUAAAUUUGGUGUCUCAAAUCAAAUUAAGUCAUUUUGCAGAUCCACAAUAUUUAUCUUUACGUUUCGGCUUUAAAUACGGCUACAGUUUGAAAACCCAUGUAAUGUAAAAGAUGACACUAAGACAUAUAAGGUUUCAAUUACUUUAGGUAUCUUUCCUUUUGAAAUGUAAAUACUUAUGUCAUACAAAUUGAAAAUAUCUGCAUUAUCUUUUUUACCUCAUCUCCUGCUUCAAUUUGUUUUUAUUUAUUUUAUUUUCGAACUCAUUUAUUUAUAUUACUUAGGUCUAUAUCAAUAUAGAAAAGGUAAAAGUAAAAACAAAAACCAAAUCACUGAUAAAGAAAAACGUGACUGUAAGCUCUUUACUGAGUUACAAAUAAACUAAGUCUAGAAAUAUAUUGAAUAGUGCAAAAAGUAUUUUUACAAAAAUUCGCGUGAUGCUCAACAUUUAAUUUCCAAUAUCCUUGUAUAUAUUUAGUUUUUCAAAUUUGUUUGUUUUUGUUUAAAGAAAGUUUUAAAUACUUUUAAAUAAAUGUUUAUUUAUGAAAAUUAAUGUAAACAAUAGCACUUAUUUAUAAUAAUAAUAAACGCGAUACUAACAUGAAAUAGAGUGAUUUAUUCAUUGAAAGUUUCUAGGUUUUGAACUAUCAUCUCUGAAUGAAGUUGUGUUCGACGUACAGUACGUUUUUCUCUUUUUCUUUUUUUUAAAUUUAUGAUACUCUAAAUAAUUAUUUUACUCGAGUUUAUAAUUCAUAAGCUAAAAAAAUCUGUACGCAAUAUUCCUUUCUUUUCCCCUAAGAAUAUUUCUGAAAAAACUAGAGAGAGAAAAAUGUGAAAGCCAAAGAUUUUGGACAAAAAAAAAAGAAAAGAAAACUAUUUAUUAACAAGCACUGGAUGCUUCACAAUUCAAAAGCUUUUAUCUAGUCAAUAUUUUAAAUUAUUUAUUAUUCAUUUUUAAAAAAUGAUGAAGUUAAGUUAUAUAAUAUUCGUCAGAAUUAUAUUGCCUGUCUCAUUCAGGGCCUCAAGGAAGCAAAAAAAAGUAUAUCUUUGAAAAAUUGAACUUGGUUCUGAAGUUAUGAUAAAAUUUUAUCUUCCACUUUUGUUCAAUUGAAACUUUCCGGUGAAUGCAUGUAAUAUAAAUGCAUAAAUGAAUAUAUUAUUGAAGGAAAUGAAGUCGAAAACAUGCCCUGAAUAUCUGUAUGAAUAUAUAGUUUAUUUAUUUCCAGAUUGUCUAGCUAUACGUACUGCACGUAAAAAAUGAUUAUUUUUUUCUACAUAUCUCCGGUGAAUAUUUGCAGAUGUAGAUGAAUAAGUUUCAAAGAAUGGCCUGGUGUUCUGUUGUUGAAGAAUUCUGUUUAAAAAUCAUUUGUCAAGACGCAAAAAGCUUUUAAAAAUAUUUCAUUGAUAAUAUCUUAGAGUUACAUAUUAAACCUCAUCAUUUAUAUAUCAUUUGUGUAAAUGUGAUUUGAAUGCAUGUAAACCAUUGAAAAUGUUGAGAGAAAAAAAUAAUUCAAAAGGAUUUUUAGAGGGCUUACGUUUUUCUCCCCAGAACAAAAAUCUAGCUCUUAGCAAGUCAGUAUAAUAGCAAGUCAGUUGGAGAUAUUUUUUGCAAUCAAAACGUUGGCUUAUGUGUGUUUGAAUUAAUGUAUAAUUUAACUUUAUGUUUAGAGAGUUUAAUGUGUAAAAAAUGUGUUAAAUAUAUUUAUUCUUGUAAAAAGAAAAUUAACAUAAAGUACGUGAGUUGUGUUGAAAAACUUCUGCAUUUAUAAUAAUAUUCUUCACAUCUGUAAAAUAACGUUUUAUAGUUUUUCCUUCAUCAAACUUGUCUCUUUUUGCGUUCACACGACAUUGAUUUCUUUUAAAUGUCAUAUUUAUUUAUGAAUAAUGAAAAUAUUUCUUCAAAUUCUGAUUCAGUGUGUUAAAAGUUACUGACACUAAAAAAAAUAAACAACAUUAAAGAAAUAAUUUGCUAUUCGUGGUUUUUUUUUUUUUUAAUAUUGGUUAGAGUAAACAGAACGAUUUAGUUAAUAUAAUUUAUUGCAAGGAAAAAUAGGUAUGUCAGAGCAGUAUUGUUUUUCAAAAUUCGAUUGCAAUUCUAAGCUAGGAAAACUAGCAUGACUCAUUUAUAUUUAGAAAUAUCAAAACAAAUAGUAUUUUGAAAAUAGCUUUAAAAAAUACUAAUCUAAAUUUUGUAAUUUUUUUAUUUUUUAUUCUUUCUUUUCGUUAAUUUUCAAGUUGAUUUUUUUGUUAUUUUUUACCAUGUAUUUUUGAUACAUUUUUUGUUUUGAAAAUUAAUCAUAAAGGAAACGCUGUUGACCUUGAAUUAUUUUUUGCAAGUAUUAACAAAAGUAUAAUAAUGAUUGAGGAAUGUAACAAAAUGGCAAAACGUGUGAAGCAAAUAUUUUCUUUACAUCCGUACCUCAGAGACCGACUGAGUUUAAAAAUUGCGAUUUUCCGUUUAUUAGUGUAUAGUAUGUAGAGGUGUAAUCCGCAUCGAGUCAUGUGAACAUACUUCUUGAAAAAGUAUCCUUUUCAAUUUUCUUUUUACCCGCGUUAAAGGAGCGCUUGUCUCACCAUCGUAUUCACCAGAAAAAAGUUUUUUCUCUCUCCUAUAAAAUUACUAUAAUGUGACUCACGUACUUCUGACUUUGAGGUACAGAUAUGUUCUAAAAAAAUUUCCUUACUCCCCAAAAAAUUUAUUGAACAUACGUACUCUUAUGAAGCUUUCAAAAAAGAAAAGAAAAAAAAAUGGAGUAGUAGCAAAGCUUUGUCAUUAACAAAAAUCUGUAAGUAGAUGAUGCUUUCUGAAAAUUACAAAAAUAUAGCACAUAAAAUGCAUCGUUAUAUAGCUUCAUGUCAAGGAGUUAUUGGCCAUGAAAUAUCAUUUUAUCAUUAUUGUAUCAAAUAUAUUUAUAUUUACGCAUUUGUUUACAUUAAAUCAUCAUUACACUUUUCGUUUUUUAUGCUUAAAUAUUUUCCCUACGCAUUUUACUUUAAAUACAAUCCAUUUAACUUUUGACUUACUUUUUGUGUUGUCUUCCAUUGCAUUGAAGAAAGAGCGAAUUGAAUAUAUAUUUUGAGUUAUCUAAUUAGUAACCGGUGCUGCACUUAACACAAAUUAAAACAGCUGCAAUCACACUACUGAUCUGUACGCUUUCGAUACUGGAUGGGUAAUAACUAGUCAUUGCUAAAAUUCAACUGCCAUAAAAUAAAGAUAAAAAUUAUAUGCUACUGUAAUGUAAUAUCUGUCUUCAUGUAAAAAUGUGCAAAAUUGUAAUUUAUGUUUAAGGCAAUGAAAUGCUUUUAUUAUUGAA